GCGGAGGAGCGCCGGGCAGGUGACGGGCGGUGGCCUCCCGGAUCCGGGGUGGGCGGCGCGCCCGGGGAGGGAAACGGGAAGGGCUGACUGGGGAUGGGGACGGCAGGAAACCACCCGAGCAAGCUGGGGAGGAGCCGGCGCGGGAGCCUUCGGGACGGAGUGGGGAGCGACAAGGGGGCGAGGCCGCGACAAGGGGCUGGGGGGCCGCCAUGCGAGGCUUCGGCGCCCGGGCACCCAGAGCAGCCCUGUUCCUGGUCAAUUAGGACCGGUCCCGGGCACCAGGCCCGCCGACUUGUCACUUCCUGGACCUCCAAACGCCCCUUGUGACAGGCCUUGUUCCUCAGGAACAAGCAAAGGUAACGCUUUUGUGAACCACAACUUUAAAUAUCAGCCAGCUGCUCCUAUCAACACGAGUAUCCCCUGUUAAUUUUUUGCAUUUUUCAACAUGAGUAAAAGUAAACUAAUUCCCAAGCUCUCUAUUCAAUCUCCUGUCCUUCAUACCAACUUAAAUGUCCAGUCCACACACCCACCUUCGAAGAAAGAAGACUUACAUCGGAUUUCAAAAGACUCCUUGGAAUCUGAUUCAGAAAGCCUCACGCAAGAGAUUAUGUGCCAUUCUGAGUUUGAUGAUCGAAUCCGGGGCAACGGUAUGGAGCCCGACAGCUUAGACGAGGAGGAAAGCCCUCGAUGGGGAAGCCUGCACGAGACGGAAGAGGAAGCAAGUGGAAAAGCAGCUCAGAUGGCUCGCGAGCAAAACCACCAUACCUGGGACCAGGGCGCCAAUAACAGGCAACAACCAAUAGAAGACAAAUAUUCAGACCUCCGCUAUGACCCGAACUGGAAGAGUAAGAAGGAGGAAGGGCAGCUGCUGUCUGUGGAAGCGUUGCCGGAGUCCACGGACAGCUCUUUAGAAAAUCUGCCUUUGGCUCCCCUCUACCCUUCCCAGGAGACGUCAGUGGAACUCUCCGGGGGAAAAGGCGAGCAGAAAGAGAGUCCACAGAGUGCAGCUUCUUUACUUGGUAGUGAAUUUUUAAGCCCAAACUAUGAGCAUGGUGCCCGUCGCAGCAAGCCGUUUUCAGAGCUGAGCGACAGUGACCUGGAGGAGAAGUCGAGCGGCCUUUCUCCCUACGUGAAGAGCUCAAGUUCACAUAACGAGGUUUUCCUGCCGGGAUCACGUGGCCCUCGGCCAAGGAAAUCCAAACAACAUUUUGUGGAAAAAAACAAGCUCACUUUGGGAUUACCCACCCCGAAAACGGACUCUUAUCUUCAACUUCACAAUAAAAAAAGAGGGGAAUCUCAUCCAGAACAGAAUUACCAGGAACACUGGUCUCAAUAUGAAAGUACAAAAUCAAGCAAUGUACCACGAGGGCAACCUUCUGACAUGGUGAAUGACCAUCAACCUUCCAGAAGACCAGCCAAGCUCAAGAUUCGAAAGCAGCGUAAACACCAGAAUGGCCUGAAGUCUUCCACAACAGAAGAGGUGACUGCCAGUCAGGGGAACCAGAAUAACCCUCCCAGACAGCAACAAAACCAAAAUAAGCCUCUUGAUACUUCAACAAAGCCUGAAUCGAUUGUGAUUAUGCAUGCCUCUAACAAUGAUGUACAAGCCUCAAGGGCACUUAGAAGCCACAGUCUCAAAGAAACCUCCAAUACAUUUGCUCCACCAAAACAGGCUUUUGACAAGGUCUUAUCUAAAAACUCUACUGGAUGUGACUCUGGGCUGAAUGUUAAUAAAGAAAGAGGACACAAAGACCAAGAAGAGAAAAGAUUUUCAUAUCAGCAGCUACACACCCUUUGUGACAUGGAUUUGAACAACCUUAAUGAACUUUCUAAGAGACACGUGCUUCUGAGCCAGAAAGGCUCUCAGUUUGUUUAUCACAUAAAUACUCAUGGAUCAACCGAAAAUAAGAAACAACUCAAACAGCCUUAUACAGAGACAAAAUACAGGAACUUAGAAAUGUUAUGGAAAUUCCAUUCUUCUUCUGACAGCCAGACGGUUAGAGCUUCUCCAGAUGCAUGGCUCACCCAGAUAAUGGAGCAGCAUCAGCAAGCCUUGGUGCAGCUGAUCGACGUGCAGCCCAGUGAAGGGGCCUUAUCCAGUGUCACACUUCCACCUAUACUGUCAAGGGUAGAAAGUGAAUCCCAACUCAGUUCAGAGAGAAGCCAAAGAAACCAAGUGAAAAUUAGCCGUAGCAAUUCUGAAGGCUAUCUGUUUCAACUGGAAAAGGGAAAAAAGCAUAAGAAAAGAAGCAGCAGUAAGAACACCAAGCUGAAAGGUUAUCAGAAAAGAGAUGUGAAGCUUGGAGGCCUCGGACCUGACUUUGAGUCCAUCAGAGACAAAACGCAAAAAUUAAUACAGCAAAAGGAAUAUGCAAAACAAGUCAAGGAGUACAACAUGAAGACACUAUCCAUUCUAUCAAAACCACAAACAGAAAAAACUCAAAAGAAAUCUGCUAUCCCUCGGCAGAAGGCUUUGGAAUACGCUAAGACCAUCCCCAAACCCAAACCAUCAAAUCUGACUCAUCAAGCAUCAAAGGAACAAAAAAAUCCAACCUAUGCUGGGAAAGAAGAAAGUUUACCUGAAAUCUCACUGCUGGAAAUACUGCAGAACAGACAUGAAAGGGAAAAACAGGCUGUGGCUGCUUUCAAAGUCCUUCACAUCGUAUAGACAACAUUUGAUAGGAAGGAGACCAAAAAUGGUCCAGGUAUGGACGCGGAGAAAAGAAAUGCCAACCACCUUCUCUGCGUUGAGAGUGAUGGCCUAUUAUUAUCAUCUAUCUGCCGUCCAUGUUUGCUUUCUGCACGAUUUAAAAUAUGAGGCCCAAUUGGAUUAUGGUGCCAUAUUUUACUUUCUAGGAAGAAAAUUUUUUAAAUUAUUUAUUUUCAAAUCAGUUAGAAUUGGAGCUGAAUAAUAACUAGAGAAUAAAGCUUUUGGUUUUAUAUUGA